UGUCCAUUAAGCGUGAGCCGCAAAGCCCCGCCCCCUCUGACUGCAGAAAACAAGGGCAUUGGGUCGGUAACUAACCCACCCGGGUGCACUGCGAAACGGGAGAUGCUGAGCAGAGACGCGCCCCUGUCUUGGCGGAAGUCUCUGGAUAAUUUAUCCUGAUACACUUCUCUGUAUAAUGCACACUUGGAUGUGAAGGAUGCCAGUGGGUUCUCCUGUGGUUUGCAGAAUCCGGUUACACUGCAACAUUGGACUGCACGCAGAUUAGACACAUCACCGGUGGUGUGUCGCCCCCCCCCACCCCCCGUGAGUGGAUGAGUCGGUCACUGCAUCGCUGCAGACCUGGAAACCGUCGCUAAGGAAUAAGCAUCCCAGGUAAGCGAGUACCAUGCUGACUAGCAUCACAGAGGGCAUCCUGUGCUGCCUGACAGGAAAAAGUGGAAAUGCGGUGCUGCCUGUGGAGCCAUCGGAUGCUGCCCCGUCUGAUGGGUUCGAGUUUGUAGAAGUGAAACCAGGCCGUGUAUUGCGUGUGCGCCAUGUCCUGCCAGAGCGUUCUGCCAAUUCCGAGCUGCAGCAGGAGCAGGGUACCAGUGUGCACUGCAAGCGCAAGAUCACUGUCUACCGCAAUGGCCAACUGGUGAUUGAGAACCUGGGUGACGUGCUGCGCUCCGAGAUUCUACAUUGCCCCAAUGGAGAAGUGGAGCAGUGCAGCACUGUGGAGGUGGAGCUUGCUGAUUACUUUACUGCACCUUCCUCCCCAGAACCCAAACCAGCUCCUCCUUCUCUUCCGGCCUCAGACCAACAGAAACCAGCUCCACCACCCAGGCGGCGCAGGAGGAAGCCCAAGCGCACAGUUCUCAUUGACUCAGAGAGAUGUAUCAGCAGCUGUAAGGGGACCCACUCGGAUGUGGCACUCUUCUUCUUCCACGGAGUUGGUGGCUCACUGGACAUCUGGGGUCGUCAGUUGGACUUCUUCUCCAAACUGGGCUACGAGGUCAUUGCACCAGAUCUGGCAGGGCAUGGAGCCAGCACGGCCCCUCAGAUAGCAGCUGCUUACACGUUCUACGCCCUGGCUGAGGACCUGCGCGCCAUUUUCAAGAGAUAUGCCCGCAAGCGCAACAUCCUCAUUGGCCACUCAUACGGGGUGUCUUUCUGCACGUUCCUGGCACACGAGUACCCAGAGCAGGUACAUAAGGUGGUUAUGAUAAACGGUGGAGGCCCCACAGCGCUGGAGCCAAGUCUCUGCUCCAUCUUCCAGCUGCCCUCUUGUGUCCUGCACUGCUUGUCGCCUUGCCUUGCGUGGAGCUUCCUCAAGGCUGGAUUUGCCAGACAGGGAGCUAAAGAGAAGCAGCUGCUAAAGGAGGGCAAUGCCUUUAACGUGUCUCCGUUCGUGCUGCGGGCCAUGAUGAGUGGUCAGUACUGGCCCGAGGGAGACGAGGUGUACCAUGCCGAGCUCACCGUCCCCAUCUUGCUUGUGCACGGCCUCUAUGACAAGUUUGUGCCUAUGGAUGAGGACCAGCGAAUGGCUGAGAUUCUCCUUUUUGCCUUUUUGAAGGUGAUUGAAGAGGGUAGUCACAUGGUCAUGAUGGAAUGUCCAGACACGGUCAACACACUUCUGCAUGAGUUCUUUCUCUGGGAGCCAGACAUCACCAGAAAGGAUUGUGUGGAUGAUACACCGGUCACUCCGACUGUUACUACAGACACCAUGACUGACGAAAACACUGGCACACAAAUAUCCAACAAGCCUGUCAACAAAUAACCAAUGAAGAGUGGUGUUUUUGUUGGGCAAAUCAAUCAGAAGGCUCUUGAUGGCAGGCUGUAUGAGGUGGAGUGAUCACCCAGGCUGAAAGCUAAUUUUUUGGAGCUGAAGACUGAGCUGAGGGUUCGAGCAGGUUGCAGCAGGACAGCAAGAACGGUUCAAGAGGUGAGACUCUGCUGACAGGCCAGAGGUUAAAAGGGAAAAAAAAUGAAUGCAUAAACCUAAUUUCAGACCAGAAAUCAUGGUUUAUUACAUUUCAUUGGUGUCAUAUCUCUCUUCUACCUUUGGACAAAUAUCUUUUCUUCUUGUGGUGUAUCAACAAAUGGACUAAAGCUCUGUCCAGUGGAUGAAAUCGGGCCGAUUUUAGUGCCCGAGCUUCAACUGAGAAAUUACAAACUGAUUCUUGGCUGGAUUACAGAGGUGUCCCCAUACUUAUGCAGUGCUUGUAAUGUCUACUGUGUGAUCUAUUGUAAUCUAGGCCACAUGAGUGCAUCAAAGCGCGGAGAGAAAGGGAGCCCAGAGUCAAAUCGUCAAGUGUCAUGUUUUUACAUGCUGUUGCUGAACAUUGUUAUUUGUUCGGAGUAGCACCAAUAAUUAUAAUGAGGGAAAAAUAAUAGAGUAGGGAUAUUGUCUUCCCAUGUAACACACGCCCACAGCCCCAGGAGGAUUAAGAGGAAAAAAAAAAAGAAAAAGAAAAAGGCAGAGGAGGCUGGAAGGGAGAACAAUGACAAACUUCUAACAAGCAUAUUUAACUUGAAGGCAUUACCUCAGUACUCCUUGAAUAAUUGAUGCUGUUAUUUAGAACAUAACUAAAAUACUAACAUAUCACUGUUACAGUUAAAUAACCUGCUAUAAUGGGCAUUUUCUGCCAUGAAUUUAUCUGUUUUCUUUAAACAAACAAAAACAGCAGAUUUGUGGCUAAGUGCAGGGCCGAAGGGUGAACACAAACACAAUGAGCAGAAAAUUCUGUCAGCAGGAGCACUUUCACGUCUCCUAGCAACGAGAAACUGGAGGAAACGAUAUGUUGGUGGUGCAUUCACAGCUUUGUCACAGAGAGGAAGCGAGACAGAGAGGAAGAGAGAGAGAGAGAUGGAGAUGGAGAGAGAGGGGGGAUGUUGGUGCUGAUGGACCACUGAUAUGGUUUUGGUGCUGUAAUGACACCCAGGGAAUAAGCUAAGAACUGUUAAUGUAAUCUUAACACUGGUAUACUAACAUGAAAACAAUGCCCAACACUGAAACACUACUGGAGAAUGAAAUAAUAUCAGUGUCACGUUACAGCAU